UUAUGUUGGGGUCGCGAGUUUUCCCUCUGUGAGCGUACGGGAUCAAAAAUAGAAGACACACAUAAGAUUUUUUCAAACUCACUUAAAGUACAGAAAACAUUACGCGACAUGCACCAAAAUUUGAUCAAGACAAUAUUUGCCGAGGGUGGGGGAACACUUUCGAAACCAGUUCUUGAAGCAAGCACGAAGCUUUUAAUGCCCGGAUUUUUAUCCUCUUAUUUUUUUAUGCGUGCAAUUUUAAUUAUAUAUAUUGGCGGUGGAUUUUAUGCGUCUAUAAAUUUAUCCGAAUUUUAUAUCCCAACAAAAUAUCAAGAACUUGAGUUCCUCAUUAGAAUGUCACGAAUAAUGCUCCAAAUAAAGAAAUUAUUAUCAAUUUCUAUUUCACGAUUUAAGCAAAUGAAAGGCAGGGCUGAAAAAGAGAAAUUUGCACUUGGAAAGGUGGCAAUGCCUGGUAGGCAGAGGGAAUAUAGAUCCUUUCAAAAACCGAAGGUUCCGAAAGCUUCGGAGGAAGAAAUCACAAAUAAAAUACUUGACGGAUACCGCCCAGAAUUUACACCAGUAAAUG